AUGCUUCAUCGCGGCGCCUCGCUCCGGCCAACUGGCUCCCCUCCGUACAGGCGCUGGCUGCAGCUUCUGUUCGAGCGGGCCGCCAGCUCCUCCGCGACUUGCCUCCCGUGCGCGAGCCCCCCCACCCCCCCCGUGCUGGUGCAGGCCACCACCCCGAGCUCCCCGCUCCCCGUUGCGCCUGCCCCGGUCGGCUCCGACCUCCCGCCGGCUCCCGCGCCUCGCUCCCGCGCGGCCCUGGGCUCGUACCGGCGUCCUCCGCCGGGUGCCUGCGUGCUCGGCCUCGCCCGGCCGCCCCGCGACCCGGCGGCGCAUCCGGGUCCGCCCCGCCUCAGCCGGCCACUGCUGCGCCCGGGCGCCUCGCUUGGCCUCUGUUCCACCCGAGCUCCUCGCGACUGCUCCCCUGCCACCGGCUCCCCCGCGCCUCCGCCAUCUUCGCGGCGGCCCCUGGCCGGCUCCACCCUCACCACGGCCGCCUCCCCCGUGUGCCUCGCACCGCAGCACCAGCCCCGGGCCGACUCCGCCGACCGCCGGCUCCGCCUCCGCCGAGUCGCGCGUGCCGGCUCCGUCUUCUCCAACCCGGCCGACCUCAGCGCCCGCCGGCUUGCUGCUCCAACCAGCUGCCGGCUCCCCGCGCCGAGUCGCUGCGCCUGGUUCCCGCCCCGCGGCCGGCUUCACCCGCGCCUAGCCGCCGGGUUACUGGCGCCCCCGCCGCUGGCUUCAUCCCGCUCCGGCCGGCUCGUCGCGCACCGGUUGCCGCCUCCCCUGCCACCGGCUUCACCCGCGCAUAGCCGCCGGGUUACUGGCGCCCCCGCCGCCGGCUUCAUCCCGCUCCGGCCGGCUCGUCGUGCACCGGUUGCCGCCUCCCCGCAGCCGGCUCCGCCGGCCGACCUCCCGCACCCCGGCCGCGCCAGCGCCGGCUCGCCUCUUGCCCGCGCCAUUCCACUCCGCGUGCCGUGCCAACUCCCCUGCUGCGCCCCUGGCCGGCCGGGUAGCGCACCUCCGCUGCCGGCUCCCGGGUCGAGCACCGUGGCCAGCUGCACCCCACGCGCCCCCGUCGGGUCCCGCUCCAGCCGCUUGCUGUAG